AUGGCUCGCUUGGUCCCGUCUCUCGCCAGUGCACCACGGCUCAACAAAGUCGUCAUCGUUAACAAGACAGUCGACCACCUGCAAGAACAGCGCAACAUGUGCGUGGCGGCGGGCCGAGACAUGCAGGACCUUCUGGCGGAGAACCGCCGUCUCGUUUCGGAACUCCGGGCCCUUCGUACUCAGAUCAGGGCAACAUCAUCGUCCCCGGUCGAACCCAAACCCGUCACUCCAGCUAUGGCAAGGCUGAUGGGGGUGGAGAACGAGGUCCUCGGGACUUUCCCGGCCGGAUUCGAAGACAAGAAGCCAUGCGGGUCCGUAGAAUGUUUCGACAACGGAAAUGAGGCUACCAUGGCCGAACAAGACUUUCCCUUUCGCAUGGGAGAUUUUGUACCAUCACUUGAUCAGGACCCUCUCACAUCAAUGACGGAGCAAAACGGGUCGAAUUUACAAUGGACUGCGCCCCCAGAGCUGAUACCCACUUCCUGGUUUCAAGAAAGCGAAAUCCCGUGGGAUUCCAUCCCGUGGCUUUGCAAUGCAGUCGAGGGUUAUGUUGCCUAG